AUGGCCAAAGCAGACACCAAGACCAAAUCGUCGACCUCGACGCAGAAGCGCACCACCAAGUCCAAGAAGGACCCCGCUGCCCCCAAGCGCCCUCUCUCGGCAUACAUGUUCUUCUCCCAGGACCAACGUGAGCGCGUCAAGGCUGACAACCCCGAGGCCGGUUUCGGAGACGUCGGCCGUCUCCUCGGUGCCAGAUGGAAGGAGAUGUCCGAUGCCGAGAAAAAGCCCUACAACGACAUGGCCAACCGUGACAAAGCCCGUGCCGAGGCCGAGAAGGCUGCCUUCGCCAAGCGCCGAUAA